AUAACCCUGACGCAGUAUGCAACAUUCAUCCAUGGCCACUGUGCUGAAACGGUGUAAAAUUAUUAUUUGGGAUGAAUGUACUAUGGCACACAAACAUUCACUUGAGGCGUUGAACAGGACAUUGAAAGAUAUUAAAAACAGUGACAAACUAUUUGGAGGAACUCUGUUGGUCCUUUCAGGUGAUUUCAGACAAACACUUCCAGUCAUUCCACGUUCGACAUACGCUAAUGAGAUCAACGCUUGCUUAAAAUCAUCUCCAUUGUGGCGUAAUGUUGAAAAAUUACAGCUAAAAAUAAAUAUGCGCGUUCAAAUGCUUCAAUAUCCAUCCGCUGAAACAUUUUCAAAACAACUCUUAGAUAUCGGUGAUGGAAAAGUUGCUAUAGAUGAAACUGGAAACGUAAAAUUACCGACCGAUUUCUGCACAAUCGCUGAUUCGCAAGAUACUCUCAUUGAACAAAUAUUUCCCGAUGUACACACACAGUACAUAAAUCAUGAGUGGCUUGCAGAAAGAGCGAUUUUAGCGGCAAAAAAUGUAGACGUUGACAAUAUAAAUCUGAAGAUACAGAUGUUGUUGCCAGAGAACUUGGUAUCAUAUAAAUCUAUUGAUACAGUUUGCGACGACAGCGAAGCAGUAAACUUUCCCACAGAGUUUUUGAACUCACUGGAUUUGCCAGGCAUGCCACCGCAUAAUUUACAAUUAAAGGUUGGAUCUCCAAUUAUCAUGCUUCGUAAUUUGAACCCGCCCCGGUUGUGCAGCGGUACGCGAUUAGUCAUUCAAAAAUUAAUGAAAAACGUGAUCGAAGCCAGGAUUUUAAAUGGCAAGUUCAGAGGUGAAAAUAUACUCAUACCGCGGAUUCCUAUUAUACCUACUAAUGUGCCAAUUCAAUUCAAACGUAUUCAGUUUCCGAUUAGAUUGGCAUUUGCAAUGACUAUCAACAAAUCCCAAGGUCAAACGAUGUCUGUUUGUGGAUUAGAUUUGAGAACACCAUGUUUUUCACACGGACGUUUGUACGUGGCAUGCUCUCGAGUGGGUAAACCAUCCAGUUUGUUUGUGUUAGCUAAAGAUGGACUAACAAAAAAUAUUGUUCACGCUAUUGCAUUAAGAGAUCGAUAUUGUUUAAUAGUGUUACUGUCGUAAUUGUUUAUUUAAUGAUAUAUAAUUGUACGGAAUAAAUUAUAAUAACUUAAAAAUAAUGUUUGCCUUUUGUUAUUUUUAUAUUCCCUCAUCGUUCACAGCGCUCCAUGCUUAUUUCACGCAUAUACCACAUUCUUACAUACAUACAAUAUACACAUUCUAACAUAGAUACAUACUUCCAAUAAGUAUGCUAUUUUUUUUCUACACUAGAAAUUACUAGGAAAUUAUUCAUAUGGCAAAACAACGUUU